UUCAUGCCCUCCUCGCCUUGCAGAGGAUUGUGAGAAGUGUUGAAUCAUGCAGGAAUGCAAGCCUUAUACUUGUGAGAAAGAGGAGACGUCGCUUUUUUUUUUUAAGAAAAUGUUUCCAAUUAGCGCCACGGUUCAGCUGUUUGACAGUCUACGCGGUGUAUUUCACACUAUUUCGUGCGUUUUUGCAGUUAACGCGACGCAGCGAGACAAGCUUGUAGCGUUCAGAAAAGACGAGCCUGCUUAAUUUAAUGUGCAAUCGUAUCACUCACGCUAAUAAGCAGUCUGAAGGAGUCUUUUGCUACGCGGUGAGUUUUCUGUGGGGAAAAAAAAGAGAGCAGAUAUCAUCUGAGGGCUCAUCAACGAAAGCAUGACCAGGGAUCAGCAGCAUACUGUCCCCUCCCACACUGCUCCGGUCGAAUGAAUUAACCUCCAGCUCAGCACACAGCCAAUCACAGCGUGGAACCCCAAGGGCCGGCUAGCAGAGAGGAACCGCAGCCCUCCGCUGCGUGCACGCCCGUUUGUCCCGUCAGGUAAUCCUGGAUGAGCCCACACGUCUGUCCCCCACUGUCCAGUCCAGUAUGAGGAGGCAAUGAAGGGGUACCAUGUAAGCAGAAGCCUCUCCCAGCACUCCGCUCCGGGACCAUGCCACUGCAUACCAGAGGACUGUGACCUUCCCCCCGAAUGCAUGCCCCUGACCCAGGACCCCCGCGCUGCUUUCGAACCCUACCCGGGGCUGGGGGACCACCACCACUACUACCCCCCUCCCGCGGAGCUGAGCGGGGGCACCUUCCCUCGCUCGCUGCCCAGCCAGAGCUACGACUGUGAGGAAUGCCUGGCCUCUCACCACCCCCCUGCUUCUCUGCAGCUCUCGCUGGGAGGAGGGGGGAAGAUCCAGCGCCUGCCCCCGACGCUGCUGGACCAGUUUGAGAAGCAGCUCCCCUUCCGUCCCGAAGGCUUCCACACCCUGCAGUACCAGCGCGGCGCUAGCGGGGAGCAGCGCAGCGAGAGCCCCAGCCGGAUCCGACACCUGGUCAACUCGGUCCAGAGACUCUUCGCCAAGUCCCACUCCCUGGAGGCGCCCUUAAAGAGGGAGUACAAUGGGACGAGGGUGGCGCCAAGGGGAGAGGAGGGGUACCCCCCGCACCCCCAGCACUACCCCCGCCAGCACAGGCGGAGCAAGAGCCGCGAUCGCAAGGAGCUCCGGCAGCGCAGCAGGACGGCCGGCUGGUGGAGCUCGGAUGACAAUCUGGAAAGCGACAGCAGCUACCUGGUGUCAGGGUCCGGGGGCAGCAGGGCGGGGCCCCCGCCGGGCUCCGAGGGGCCGGACAGCAGCGCCCCGACCCUGAAGUCCCUCAAGGGGAAGGCGCUGCAGCAGCUGCAGGGGGAGUGCAUGGCUUGCAGCAGCAUGGCACUGGCAGGGGAAGGAGGGCUCUCCCUCAAGAGGAACAACUGGUCAUCCCUGACGGUCAGCCAGGCUCGGGAGGGGUACCCCGGGUCCGGACUGGGCUACGACAAGGCGCUGGUUCUGCACGAGCCCGGCAAGACCAAGGAGCGGGCUUACCACUUCCUGCAGGUUCCCUCGGACGAUUGGGGUGGGGGGUACCCCACGGGAGGCAAGCUGGGGGGGGAGAUCCCGUGCCGACGCAUGCGGAGCGGAAGCUACAUCAAGGCCAUGGGGGAUGACGACAGCGGGGACUCGGACGCCAGCCCCAAACCCUCCCCCAAGACCGGGCCGAGCACGCAGAGAGAGGCCUUCCGACGCUCCAUCAGCAUGGACCACCGCAGCCCCUCCAGCAACUACUCCUCCUGUAAGCAGUGCUCCGACUACCCCAGCUGCACCACGCCCAAGGUCAACUUGAGGGCAUGCAGCUACAGCCGCUCCCUGACUGCCACGCAGCUCGGGGAGGCUCUGAUGCAGCGGCAGUUCGAGGGGAUGUAUGAGUCUGUUUACGGGGAGACCGAGUCGCAGGCUGUGGACGCUCUGGACCUGCCCGGCUGCUUCCGCACGCGCAGUCCCAGCUACGUCCGCGCCAUCCAGGCCGGGGUCUCCCAGGACGACGACUGCCUGUCCGUCUUCAGCCUGUCCAACCCGCAGGGCCACGGCAAGACAGGCAACUUGUUCCCGCACCGCAAGCACCCCCCUCCAGUCCCCCCUCGAAUCUCCAAACCCAUGAUCUCCAUCACAGCCCAGAGCAGCACAGAGUCACAGCAGGACAGCUACCCGCCAGACCAUCCCAAACCCCAACCCCGCAGCAACUCAACGGAGAGCCUGGACGUGGGGCGCUUCUCCCGAACCGCGGACCGGAGCAGCAAACUGCACAGCAACUCGGCGGACAACCUUCUGGAGGGGGUCCGGGGCUACCAGGGGACCCCCUCCUCGGGGCGCCCCAAACCACCGCACAGCAGCUCCGCAGACAGCGUGCUGGACAGGGCUCCAGCCACCCCCAAAAACAACAGCCUGAAGAUGCCCGGGAGCCAGGAGCACAAGUCGGAGAGCAGGGGGAGGAAGUGGAGGCCGUCCAUCGCAGUGCAGGUGGACAGCUCGGACUCUGACUCGGAGAGCAAAGCCCUCAGGGAGUUCCACUCCAUCGGUGUGCAGGUGGAGGAGGACAGGAGACGGGCGCGGUUCAAGCGUUCGAACAGCGUGACGGCGAGCGUGCAGGCGGAUCUCGGGUGCGAGGGCGUGGCCACGGCGGACAAGGGGCUGCAGUUCGGACACUCCUUCCAGCGCCACUCCUCCGAGCCCGAGUCCGUGGGCCAGUACGGCGUGUACCGGACCGUCCACACGCAGGGAGAGUGGGCGUACCGCGAGGACUGCCAGCCCCUGGAGAGCGGCUGGAGCGAGGGGCCCCCCAGCCGGCCAUCCUCCGCCCGCGACGGGGAGCACUUCCUGAAGAGGCUGCAGGCAGAGGUGGAGAGGAUGGAGGGAUGGUGCCAGGCCAUGGAGAGAGAGGCGGAGGAGAGCGACCUGGGGGAGGAGGUUCUUGAGAUGGUCCGCUGUGCGGUGGGCAGUGCCCAGCUUCUGAUGACUCAGAAGAUUCAGCAGUUUUUCAGACUGUGCCAGCAGAGCUUGGACCCCUCUGCGUACCCCCAGCCCACUCCUCAGGACCUGGCUGGACUCUGGGAUCAGCUGCAGCUCUCUAUCGAGGAUGUGCGGCUCAAAUUCCAGGAGCUUCAGAGACUGAAGGACAGAGGCUGGAAAAUCCCUGAGAGGAAGGAGGAUAAGAAGAUUCCUCCUCUGUUACCAAAGAAGUCAGCGGGUGGUGUGAGUGGCAGUGCUGUCACGAGUGUCAGUCUGGGAAGCCUCAGCAUGGGGGGCAGCCUGGGGUCCCGGGCGGGGAAGGUGCUGCUUCCCCAGGACCGAUCCCUGGACCUGGUAGGGGACCGGCAGAGGCAGGAGGCCAGGUGGAGGCUGCUAGCUGGAAAACACACCGCGUCCUUCCGGCAAAACUCAGCCACAGAGAGCGCCGACAGCAUCGAGAUCUACAUCCCGGAGGCCCAGACCAGGCUGUGAACCACAGAGCCUCGGAGCCACGGAGCCAGCCCAGCCUCGGCACUCUCUCUCCCCCUCUCUCCCCCAGCACAGCGCCUCAGCCGACCAGCCUGCCCAGCUCGCUUUUACAUUUCAUGUCAUUUCAUUCCGUGGGUUUGUUUCAUUGUAUUUGCGACCAGUGCAAAAAUAUGCUCCCAUUUCUUUUAAUUAUUUUUUUUCUCCUAAAGAGAAUUAAAUCAACCUCUUGUUUCAACACCAGUAAAUAAUGGUGUGCUCCAGCGAAGGCUUAGUAAAUUGGGCCAUUUUAUAUAUCAGCUGCUUUUUGUGGGCGUGUUCCUCACCGCGUUCAUCGUUAUCUCUGCUGCACUGAGAAAAAACAAGGAAAGCACUUCUACAGACACAGACCCACAACACAACUCACAGAGCAGUGAGCUGGGAGCUGACAGACCCACAACACAACUCACAGAGCAGUGAGCUGGGAGCUGACACACACAGACCCACAACACAACUCACAGAGCAGUGAGCUGGGAGCUGACACACACACAGACCCACAACACAACUCGCAGAGCAGUGAGCUGGGAGCUGACACACACAGACCCACAACACAACUCACAGAGCAGUGAGCUGGGAGCUGACACACACAGACCCACAACACAACUCACAGAGCAGUGAGCUGGGAGCUGACACACACAGACCCACAACACAACUCACAGAGCAGUGAGCUGGGAGCUGACAGACCCACAGACCCACAACACAACUCACAGAGCAGUGAGCUGGGAGCUGACACACACACAACACAACUCACAGAGCAGUGAGCUGGGAGCUGACACACACAGACCCACAACACAACUCACAGAGCAGUGAGCUGGGAGCUGACACACACACAACA